GCUCGCGUGUACGUGCGGGCGCCUUCUGGCUGGAGUCGCUGCUGGCUUCCCACGGCUUCUCUGGGUUUGUCGGCCCUCUCCGUCAACAUCCUGCCCAUCCGGCGGGUUCCUGCCGCGCUCCCUUGCCUGCGGGCAGGUGAACUCCUCCUGGGGACCCAGGUUCGGUUUGGAGGGCGACGGGGACGUUGGUAGAGCGCGGCUGGAGCUGUGACGCCUUUGGGGGGGACCUGGGGGCCGGAGUUGGGACCCCGCAGGCGAGCGUGAGAGGAGCUGCGGCGGAAGAAAAACAAAUUGCCUUCCUAAGUUCAUCAAGAAGAUGAAAACAACUGGGUUUCAUUCAAAAGACAACCAAGUGAAUACCACAGACUAAUGAGUAGAAUCAGUAAGAACGUCAUCUUGGCGGUUUUAACACUGACAAGUUCUGCAUUUCUGCUGUUUCAGUUGUACUACUACAAGCACUAUUUGUCAGCAAAGAAUGGAACUGGCUUAUCAAAAUCCAAAGGCAACAGAGUUGGAUUUGAUAGCAUGCAGUGGCGUGCAGUUAAAAAAUUUAUUAUGGUAACAUCCAGCCAAAAUGUUCCAGUGUUCCUUACUGAUCCUUUGAUUCUUGGAUUGGUUAGUAAAAACUUUGAACAAGUCAAAAAUACUUCUCAUGUCUCCACUUCAGAAUGCCAGUUUUUCUGUGUCCCCAGAGACUUCACUGCAUUUGCACUGCAGUAUCACCUAUGGAAGAAUGAGGAAGGCUGGUUUCGCAUAGCUGAGAAUAUGGGGUUUCAGUGCCUAAAGAUUGAGAACAAAGAUCCUCGGCUGGAUGGGAUAGACUCACUUUCUGGAACUGAGAUCCCCCUGCACUAUAUCUGUAAACUGGCCACUCACGCCAUCCAUUUGGUGGUCUUUCAUGAGAGGAGUGGCAACUACCUCUGGCAUGGCCGUCUACGACUCAAAGGACAUAUUGACAGGAAGUUUGUUCCUUUUCGAAAGCUACAAUUUGGUCGUUAUCCUGGAGCAUUUGACAGGCCAGAGUUACAGCAAGUUACUAUUGAUGGACUAGAAGUUCUUAUUCCAAAAGAUCCAGGGCACUUUCUAGAAGAAAUACCACACUCUAGAUUUAUUGAGUGUAGGUAUAAAGAAGCUCGAGCAUUCCUUCAGCAGUACCUGGAUGAUAACACUGUGGAAGCUAUGGCCUUCCGGAAGAGUGCCAAGGAAUUGCUGCAACUAGCAGCCAAAACAUUAAAGAAAUUGGGAAUACGAUUCUGGCUAAGCAGUGGAACUUGUCUAGGAUGGUAUCGGCAGUGCAGUAUUAUUCCUUAUAGCAAAGAUGUUGACCUAGGAAUUUUUAUACAAGAUUACAAGUCUGAUAUUAUUUUAGCAUUUCAGGAUGCAGGACUUCCACUCAAACACAAGUUUGGGAAGGUGGAAGAUAGCUUGGAACUAUCCUUCCAGGGAAAAGAUGAUGUAAAGCUUGACAUUUUUUUCUUCUAUGAAGAGACUGACCACAUGUGGAAUGGAGGCACUCAGGCCAAAACAGGAAAAAAGUUUAAAUACUUGUUUCCCAAGUUUACACUGUGCUGGACAGAGUUUGCAGACAUGAAAGUCCAUGUGCCCUGUGAAACCAUCGAAUAUAUUGAAGCUAACUAUGGAAAGACCUGGAAGAUUCCUGUAAAGACAUGGGACUGGAAGAGCUCACCCCCUAAUGUGCAGCCCAAUGGAAUCUGGCCUAUUUCUGAGUGGGAUGAGGUUAUCCAGUUAUACUGAGAUGCUACUAUUUAAAAACCUGCCAUCAGAAGCUAGGCAUGAUGGUGCACACCUUUAAUCCCAACACUCGGGAAGCUGAAGUAGGAGGAUCACUGUGAGUUUGAGGUUACCUUGAGAUUGCAUAGUGAAUUCCAGUCUAGCCUGGGCUAGAUCGUGACCCUAAUUUGGGGGGAAAAACACCCUCUUUUUGUCACAUAUAAGUGGAAGCCAAAGAAAACAAAUGACAAGUUUGAAGGCAUCUUGUUUAUUCUUUCAUUCAGCAUUUAUUGAGGAGUUUCUGUAUGCCAGAUAAAUGCUGGAGUUGUAUAGACAAGCAGAGAUGAGGGAGCAAACGUGUGCCUCUGCCUUGAUCCUUUAGUAAGCACCCCAGUUUCCCUGUUAAGAGCAAAAAUAGAAUAGGAUGUAUUCCGUAAUGUGUUAUAAAAUGCUAAGUAGUAUUUAAACUAGAAUAUGACUUCAUCAGAUGAAGCUAGGAAGUAUAUACUAGUUAAGAAGAAUACUUUGUGUCUGCCUGUCCAGGAUUUAAGCUGGUAUGUUACUGCAACCUUAAGAGUUGUGGAGUAUGAGUUAGUAUCCCAGUGACAUUAGGCAACAUCAAGAAAACAUGAUAAGCUGGGUGUGGUGGUGCAUGCCUUUAAUCCCAGCACUCGGGAGGCAGAGGUAGGAGGAUCGCCAUGAGUUCAAGGCCACCCUGAGACUACAUAGUGAGUUCCAGGUCAGCCUGGGCUAGAGUGAGACCCUACCUUGAAAACUCAAAAAAAAAAAAAAAAGAAAAAAAGAAAAAGAAAAAGAAAAGGAAGAAAACAUGAUAGCAGACUCAUUUUAUUAGCCAUGUCAUAUGCAAUGGACUCCGAGCAUAAGGCAUUAUUGUAGAGUAGAAGGUAAAUACUUGUGUUAAGCCCUGUCGUUACUCUUUGAAUUCAAAAUGAGGUGAAAGCUGAUGCUUAUGUGAUACUGAAGUUCCCAACCAUGGUGAAAAUAUUUUCACUGAUCUCUAAUAACACUUGUAGAUAAGUCCUUGUAGCAAGACCAUGCUCCAUGAAAUGAUUUUGAGGAACGUUAGUUCAUAAAACUUAUUUUCCUUAUUUUAUUCAUGACUGUUUUAGAUUUUUUAAAAAAUGAACCAUUUGUGGAUAUUUUUUAUACUUUUGAAUGUAUAAUUCCUGUGCUCCUAAUCUUAAUAUUGACACUAAAAUAUUAAUAGAAAUGCCUCUAGUUUUCUAAAUAUACUCUAUUCAUUUUUGUUUUUGUCUUUUUAGAGGUAGGGUCUCACUCGAGCCCAAGCUGGCCUGGAACUCACUCUGUAGCCCCAAUCUGCCCUUGAAUUCACAAUGAUCCAACUGCCUUAGCCUCCUGAGUGCUGGGAUGAAAGCCUGAGUGUGUGCCACUAUGCCCAGCGUAUUUAUUUAAUCACAGCUCCAUGUCUUUAAUUUAUGGUACACACAAUAAUUGCCAUGACAUAAAAAUACACUUACUCCUUCUCUUCCAGUACUACUUCAUGUCUCCAAAAUGUAGGAUAAAUAAUAAACUUGGCAACUGUUCCCCAGUACAGCUCAGUGUUUAUAAAGCAUGGGUCCAUCUCUAGUUUUUCAGUCUUAUGAGUACAAUGGGUCAAGAACUUGGACUUCCCUGCUACUAAGUAUUACUACCAUAGAAUCCUGCAGUGCCCAUUCUCCUCUUAAAAUGCGCUCACGAGGACUGGAGAGAUAGCUUAGAGGUUAAGGCAUUUGUCUGCAAAGCCAUAGGAUCCAAGUUCUAUGCCCCAGGACCCAUGUAAGUCUGAUAGACAAGGGGGUGGAUCAGUCUGGGGUUUGUUUGCAGGCAGCUGGAGGCCCUGGCGCACUCAUCCCCUCCCCUCUCUCCCCCUUUCUCAUAAAUAAAGCAAGUAAGUAAAUAAAUAAAUAGAUAAAUAAAAAUUAAAAGAAAAUAUGCACUCUUGAGUAGGUCAUGAUGGCUCUUCAGCCCCAUCUCCACCUACUGUUGAAUGAUGUGUUGUCCUAAGUACAAGAUAAGCGGAGUUCACACACAGUAAGUGCUGCUGUCUUUUUCUCCAUCUGAGAAAGUAAGCCAUGCAUUACCUGUGCUGCUUUGGAAUACUUUCUGGAGCAGCUUGGAGACUGGAGAUACUGAAGAGUCUUAAAAUGGAAGCCAGAAUAUCUGAGGGAAAAGGCUGGCAGGAUUUCCCAAAACAAAGUUGAAAGGAACCUAAAACCAUCCCCUUCCAAAUUUUAAAAACAUAUGGAUACAUUCGCUGAUGAAUGCUAACCAACAGUCUGUCUCUGGUAGAAUGCAUUCUCAAUGCAGAAUUAGUGAAUCUUUCCAUAAAUAACAGCAGAUUUUUAGAAACCUUCAUAGAUUACCAAGAAACUUGUCCCUGAAUGACACAUUAGCUCUUUCCUAGAAAAUAAGCCCAUAGAGUAUAAACCCAAGUUUUAGGUAGCUAGUCCUAAUACACCAAGAUAAAGUAUUAGAUAAUAGCAGUAUGCUUGGAGGCCCUACCCUACCUAGACAGCACCAUUUGCUUGUGCUUGGCAUCACGUGUUCUGUGGGAUACCCGUUUUUAGUGGACCCUACCUUGUUCCAGUACUUCUCUUAUGUGUCUGUGGACUGCAUAGUCUGGGAGUGUCCAAUCCCAGAUGCAUUGGCUGAGAUUCUCAGUUCUUUCUUCUGUCUUUAGCUUUUAGGUUCCAUCCCAGCAUGACGAAACAAAAGCUUUUUCCCAGAAUCUGAGGGCCAGGCCUGCCUCUCGUAAUUAUCUAGCCACACUUUACCCUAUGUUUUAUUUAGUAUGUGUGGUGGUAGAGGGUUGCGGGGAUAAUGGUGUGUAGUGUAUACACGUGUGUGCUGCUGUAUACAGCCUGUUCAUGUGUGUGCAGGGGCCAGAGGAGAAUGUUAGGUGUCCUCCUUUGUCACUAUUCAGAGUUAUUUCCUUGAGACGAAGUCUGACUAAACCCGCACUUGCCAUUCUGGUCAGAUUGGCUGACCCGCAAGCUCCAGUGAUUCCCCUGCACACUGGUGUUAUAGGAAAACAUAUCCAUGCCCGCUUUUUUAUUUUUUAUUUUUAUAUUUGAAAGAUCUUAAUAAUGAACAAUGUAUGUCUUUAUAAAUACACAGUUAAUUAAAUUUACAAUGAAAGUUAUAUAUGUCAAAUAUAGAAAUAAGAUAUCUAUUCUAAGAAGCAUGAACAUUAUUCACAAGAGAGGUAAUUCUGAAAAGAUAAUUUUUUCAAGUAUCCUUAAGUAACUUUUACAUCUUAUCAUAAAGUACUAGUUAAAAGUAAGUUCUUUUUUAAAAUGUUUUUUAUUGACAGUGUCUAUACUUACAGACAAUAAACCAUGAUAAUUCCCUCCCCAUGCCCAACUUUUUAUAUGGGUGCUGAGGGUAGAACUUAAGCUGUGGCAGGCCCUCCUGCUUGUGUAGCAAGUGCUCUUUCCCACUGAGCAGUCUCCCCAGCCCUUCCCUGCCUUUCUCAACAUCUGAGCCCUGCUGAGUCUCUGGCAACCUUGAAUUAAGUGUACAUCCACCACAAGUACCUUACCAGCUUACUCCUACUUCACCUGAGUAUUCUAAUAAUAUGGCUACUUUCUAGUCCACUUUGCCUGGCUUACUGAAGAAGACCUCUACUCUUAACUUGUUUGUAAUUAGGCUUCCAUAGAGACAUCCAUAUAGAUCUUAAGAAGCAGUUUCCCAGUUGACAACCUGAUGGCCACUCAGUCUAUCUCUAAGCAUGGAACAUUGUCCUCCUCCGUUGUAGUCAUUGACAUCUAGCCACUGAAAUAUAAUCAUAGUAACCAAAACUGACUAUCCCUCCUAUCCCUAAGAAUAUCUGAACAGUUGGAUAGCCACUUUCCCUAAUUCCUAGCUACAAACUAAACUGUGACUACUGUGUAGUAUAAUGUUGGCCAGCCUCUGCCCAAGUGUUAAGUUAGCACUUCAAUUGAAAGUCAUCCUAUUCUCGAGUUGUAACGGCUGGAAAAGACUUUAAUGAAACAUUGAUUUUAACUGUACUUUUGUGACUAGUAAAUAAUCCCAGGAAGGUGUGAUCUGAGCAAAGCAGCUGAGGCUAAAGACCAGGUGUGUUGUGACCUCUGGUGUGGGUUUCAGGAGUUAGGUCACAGCAUAGCAUCCAUAAUGCUACUAGAGAUACCUGACAAUGAAGUUAUCCAAGACUUCUGUGAGACUGUAUUUCAGGCUGUUCCCACAGACCCACUUAGUAUCCUCUUGUUCAGAUCAUAACCUUGGUGACAAAAAAGGCUAAGGGGGAGUGUUCUUCUCUAGAAUUCUUAGGGUACCUUCUUUAUUUGAAAAAAACAAAACCUUAUCUCCAAAAGAAUAACAUAAUUUGUCUGUAGACAACAGCUUCCAGUUCUUGAAAGCUUUCCGGUUCUGGAAAGCUCAAGAUGUGCCCCAUUAUUAGGUUUCUGUUCUCUAGGGAGUUACCAGUAAGUGCCAACCAUUUAAGUGCCCAUUUCUGAAGAGGCCCUCCCUUUCUGAAGUAACCUUUCAUGACCCUCUUUCUGUCUCAAGCCCUGUCCUUCCUGAAGGAUCUUUAGCUGGUAGUAGUGAUCUUUUUUCACCAAAGAAAAUGAUUGUUAGAGGUAGCUGGAGUGCUUUGCAGUUUUCAGGAAUUUUCUUCCUGGCUGGAAAGGAAAGUAUCUGCUUUCAAGUAUAAGGCUGUUUUUAAUGAUGGUGAUACUUAGGGUUGCAAGUAGUUAACAAUAGAUUGUAAUUCCAAAGUACUUUAUUUUAUUUUUACAAAGUUUUAAAUGGCACAUGGGAUGGAAUUUGUAUAGAAAAGUAGGACUCUGAAGACCGGGUAGCAGACCUAAGUCUGCAGAACACUCUUGGAGUGAGCUCCAGCACUCUAGCCUGAAUAUCCAGUAUCAUAAGCCAGAUGUUACAACUUUUCUGUUCCCCCCUCUGAAAAAAAUGAAUAGCUUCUUCAUCCUAAAUGUUAAAUCUCCCCUCAAAAACCUAGUCAGAAAAUACCACAUUCCCACCUUCUAAUACAUAAUCAUUACUUGUAAUAGCUCCAAGAUAUGGAAACACUUCAUUUACCUACCAAUCCAAAGAAUAUUUGUGAAAUGUCCAAGUAACUAUUUCUUUUCCCUCUUUGUGUACCUGUAUCAUUUAGACCUUGCUGGGUGACCUCUAACAACUCAUGCAGGGAAAGAAGGUACAUGUUGUAGUGUGAAAAGGCCACAAGUUUUUGAGAAAGACUUCAGUUUAAAUCCAAGUUUCAUUAUGUGGAAUUUAUGGCGGGGGGAGGGGGAAGGUUCAGCCUCAGUCUCCACAUAAGUUAAUUUUCCCCUGUAUAGUCCAGGGUGGCCUUGAGCCUCUGAAUCUACCUCUAGGAUUACAGGUGGGUGCCAUGCCCAAUUUUAUGUGGUGCUGAAGAUUUAACCCAGGGCCUCCUGCAUACAAGGCAAGCACUUUACCAAAAGAGUGAUGUCUCCAACCUUUUUUUUUUUAUUUUAGACAAGGUCUUGCUGUGUAGUUCUGAAUGGCCUGGAAUUCACUAUGUAGGCCCCAGGUAGGCUUCAAAUUUGGGGGGAUCCUCUUCUGCUCUCCAAACACUGAGAUCACAGAGUGCCCUACUACAUCCAGCACUCUGAGAGUUUUUUAAAAUAUAUAUAUAUUUUUUUUAUUGACAGUCUCUAUACUUACAGACAACAAACCAAGGUAUUUCCUUCCCCUCUCCCACUUUCCCCUUCAUAACUAUGCUCUCUUGUCAUAUC